AUGUUUUCCAUGUUUUGGUGGUCUAAGAAGAAAAAGAAGAAGCCACUUAAGCUAGAUUUUGUGAGCGCUGAUGCUCUGCAUGAUCAAGUCAAAAAGAACGAAGGGGAAACUAUGUUAGAGAUUGUCUGUCACGUGUUCGAAAUUCCCCCUUAUAUACCUCAAGUUCAAGUUCUACGUAAAGGCUUCAGAAAGACUGUCUUCGCAAAUUUCAUGAGUAUCUGCACAUGGAUGCAAUGGGAGCCAGAGCAUCUUAUGAAUUUCUUACUUACUGAAAUGGGAACAAGUGGAUGUUUAGAUGGACAACAGAGGCUGGUUGUUAAAGGAAGGUUUACUCCUGAGGAUUUUCAAAGGAUUCUACAAAGGUAUUUGAAGCGAUAA